GUGAAGCGUCGAUAAAAGAUUUGCAUGCGUAGCUCAAUCUUAUAAAGCAGGUCUAUUCGAAUAGAAUUCAAACAGAUUUUUUAACUAUGGUGCACAUAUUCAAAUGUUCACGCAACCAUAACACCGUUUUAUUAUUAAGGGACUUGUAUUUUCUGCAGAGCAAAAUCUGUGUCAAUUAAACUCUUUCUACGCAUAUCAAGUGCAGUCUCGCCGGUCGACGUGAAAUUGUCUGCCCUUUCGUGUAUAUAUAUAAAUAUAUGUAUAUAUAUGGAUUUUUGUUUGUGCUUGUGCCUAGUUUUAGGGCACUCUGCCAAAAAUAUACAGAUGCAACGCAAUUAUAUAUGUUUCGAAAGAGUGCAUGCGAAAAUCAAUACAAAAACAUUUUCUAAAAACCGACUGUAACAGCAUUGACAAUGUCAACAACAAUAAAUGUGUCGCAGUCAACGCCAUCUGAAGAAUAUCCUGUGUGCAUUUUUGGUGUAAAGGAUGAGAAUAAUGAGAAUAGAAAGAAUGCUAAUCUGGAUACCGAUGCAUAUUUCGCGUGCGUCGGUGAUGAUGCUUCGGCAAAUAAAUUUGGUUGUGCCACCAUCGAAAAUGCUGCUGGCAGCGCAGUCGAAUUAAAGCCAGAGAAUGCUAAUGGUUGCAUACCGCAGACAACUCACAGUAGAACUGAACUAAUCGAUUCAGUUACGAAAUGCUAUAUGGAUUGCACAGAGAAAAGCGUACCAACAAUAGGCACACUGUCACUUUGUCCGGAUAAUAAUGCAACUGUAACAAUGACUGCAACAGCAGCAACAUCUGCUGCACUUCCAUUUUCCGGGAUUUUUUUGUUAAGUUUGGCGGGGUGUAUAAAUGAUUAUAACGGAUUGCGCAAGGACAACUCUACAUGACCAUAAAUCACAUAAG